UUAACUAUUUUUUGCUGUGUCUAUAUAUAUUUAUAGUUCCAUCCAUCAGUUUCCCCUGCACUGAAAAAAAGUGAAAAGGCUGUUACACACACUGCCACCAAAGAGGCCUUUUUCCUCCAUUUUGACGUGCCCCAAAUCAGAGUUUUUUCUUUCCACACACACACACUGGUGGUUGAGUGGUUCUUCUCAAAAUGGGUGAGAAAGAUGAUGAUUUUGGGUUGAGUUUGAGUUUGAGUUUGGGGAGAGUGAACCAACAACAACAACAACCUCCUCCUUUGAAUCACAUGCACCAGCCUCAACAACUACAAACUGUUCCCAUGAAUCACAAUAAGACUCUCUUUGGUGAUUUGUCUCAGUUACCAGCAGACCGGAGCUCCGAAAUGAUACGAGGAAUCGACGUCAAUUCGGCGGCGGAGUGCGACGGCGUUUCCUCGCCGAACAGCGCUGUCUCGAGCGUGAGCGGCGGCGACGGCAAGCAGAGCGAGAGGGACGACGAUAAUAAUGCUGCCGCCGUGGCCGGUGAGAGGACCUCGUGCUCGCGAGGGAGCGACGAUGACGACGGUGGUGGCAGCGAUGCCUCGAGGAAGAAGCUGAGGCUGACGAAAGAACAGUCCAUGGUGUUGGAAGAAACGUUCAAGGAGCAUAGCACGCUGAAUCCGAAACGGAAGCAAGCGUUGGCAGAGGAGUUGAAUCUGAAGCCCAGACAAGUAGAGGUGUGGUUUCAGAACAGAAGAGCAAGGACCAAGUUGAAGCAAACUGAAGUGGAUUGUGAAUACUUAAAGAGAUGCUAUGAGAAUUUAACUGAAGAGAAUAGAAGGUUGCACAAGGAGGUCCAAGAGCUUAGGGCAUUGAAAUUAUCCCCACAAAUGUACAUGCAUAUGAACCCUCCCACCACUCUUACAAUAUGCCCUUCUUGUGAGCGUACUCACUCCUUUGCAUCCUCCUCCACUGCCACCGUCCACUCGGCGGUGGCGGCCACAUCGAGCAAUCGCAAACUGUUCGGCACAAACAUCCGGCUGCCUGUGUCCUUCAACACUCGGCCAUUUGAAGGCCCAAUUCCCCGGCCAUAAUUGGUUGAGGCCUGAGGACAAUGUGAUAUUUAUAAUGAUGUCUAGACAUUUUUAAUUACUAGACAUGUAUGCAUGGAAAAAAAUCAAAUUGCAACGGAACACCAAUUUGUGGUUUUUGUUAGGAAUCAAGGAACUUGGUUAAGUCUUCAGUGAAGGGUUGUUCUAUUUUGUGUAUGCUAUAAGUUAUAGCUAGUCAACUUCAGGAUUUGUGUAGGGUAGAUAUGUUACCGGCGAGGUAUGGUUUGAGUGGGGUAAGAUUUUCAUAUGCCGAAUAGUACUAGCUAGCAUUUAUUAGUUUAGACUUAUAAAAAGAAGAGAAAGAGAAUCCGAAUCUGUGAUGUUCUCAUCAAAUUGGAGAUUAACGUGGAGGAGUGAUUGUGAUUUCUCAAUUGGAGUUUUUUGUCUACCUUUGCGUAGAUGUCCUAGAACUACAGAUGUAAAUAAAUAAAUAAAUAAAUAAACAAUUUUUCCUUCAGAUUC